GGCUGGACACCGCCGCGCUGAGGCAGAGCGCGGCUCAGUCUCUCACAGCCAAGUCCAAAGUCUCUCGUCGAAUUCUGGGACAGAAAGGCGCUGCAGUCGCUCUCAUGCAGGCAGGAGCCUCUCGGCCACACGCCAGGCAAACCACCAUCCUCACCUUCUUCAGCUCGCAGACAGAUGAAACAGACAAAGAAAACUUCAGGCCACCUCCUUUCAACCUGAAUAAAGACUCUAAAGAAAAAGGUAUUUCUCUGGCUGCUGCCCCUGUGAAGAUCUUGGCUUUGCCGCAGCUGGGGGAAGCCCAGAAACAACCCUUUGGGUUCGAGGGGACGGCGCAGGUGACGCCCCAGCGCCAUGCACAGGCAGCACCGGCCUCGCCGCCUCCUUUGCCAGGCUCUGGGUUGUUACCGGCGGAGUCCCACAGCCCGAGGGAAACCUCCUGUGGGGCGGAAGAGGAUUCCUGCUGCUUCAGCCUCACCCAGGAUUCAGAGGGCAACCGGAUCAUCGCACACAGAAACAGGUCUGGUUUAUUGGCUGGAGAAACCCUUCCAGAGGGUGGGAUAGUGGAGCGAGAGGAGGCCAAGACCAGACUGGAUUUCCAACCAAGACUUGGUGCAAGCCGGAAUAAGAAACCGCACUCCUCGAGUAGUGUUGAUUCCUUAACUGAUUUCUCUGAAACUGAGAAUAUAAAUCCUGCUCUAACGGGAGACAGUACCUGGGCUGCCGGGUUUUAUUCAUCUCCACGCCGAGCAGCUCGAGCACAGCCCCUGCGGGAGUGUGGCCGCUCCCCCGGCGCUGCCUCAGCCGAGGGCCGUGAGGCGGGACGGAGCCGUCCCUGCAGUCAGCUCUUCACCCAGGAUUCGGAGGGGAACAGAGUCAUCGCCCACCGGUGCCGGGACGCCCCGCCGCCUCCUGGGGGCGAGGGCAGCGCUGGUAGGCAGCUGCCCGACUCUCCCUGCGGGGUUCGCUCCGGCCAUGCUGCGAGGAGCUGGAGCGAGGCGCGGGAGCAGCCGUUAGAGGUGUGCUACGAGUCGCUGUUCACGCAGGACUCGGAGGGGAACAGGGUGAUUAAACACUGAUCAGGGACGUGACUGCUUGUGAAGCCUUUUUUUUGUAAGUGUUGGGAAUUAGGUAAGUGUACUCACUGUUUCUAUAUGUACAGUCUAGCCAGCAGAUGCACUAGAUCUGUGCCAACAGGCAGGACCUCCUUGUUCUCUGAAAUUUUGCUUUAAUAAAAAUAAAAUUUAAAAGGAAUAUUUAUAAUGGUUUUGCUGUUUCAAUCCUGAUUGGCAAAGGCCUGGCUUUAGUCCUGCCUUGGUGUUCAUGUAAUGUGCUGCUGUCUGGCCUGAAGGAGCCCGCUGCUAACAAAAAUGUCUGUGUCUCUUAGGAUCCUGGAAGUCCAAAUGUAAAGGUUUUCUAGGCUUGGCUUAGGAACUGCACUGUCUACUUCAUGCCAGCUGCCUCGAGGAAGCACCGGACUCAGCUACAUUCUUAUUUCAGGACUGUGGUUGUGCCACCCCUGUCCGUGGGAGUGUGUGGUGGGGACAGGAGGGGCCAUCGCAGCGCUGAGCUGCUGCUGCCAGACUGACUGACCCGAGGUUUGAAGUGAGGAAGACUCUGACAAAGAGAAGGAAUUCUGAGAGCAAUUCCAUUUUGGGUAAGUCUGGACUAAUCCCGAUGUUGGACUCGGGGCUCUUUCAGGGGUGGGAUGCACCGAGGUGGAGCCGGGGGGGGCUGCAGCUGAGCCGUGCUCCUGCAGCUCCUUCAAGGCCAUGGUUGUGGAGGGGUGUGCUUCAAAUUCUGCCUGUUCUGAAGUGCAGGGACCAGCUGCUCCCAAACCCCAGGGGGUCACGAGCCAGAGUCCAUCUGCCACCAGGAUCACACUCCAGAACAGCAACCUGCUCUGUCAGCAGAAACAGCCCACUUCUUUUACUUUUUU